AUGCCGCUGCCCAAGGGCCCAGCGCCCGUCUUACCCGCGACGGGGCUGCACUCGUUCCACAAUGACUCACCACCAUUCGCCGGCACCGCCAAUGCCGAGCACCCGCACCCUCCGGCCCUCUCGCUCGAGGAGGCCGCGUACCUCCAGACCUCUGCCCUCGACGACGACGCCGAGCUCUCGUCGCGCCGGUCCCGCCGCCUCGUGACCGGGUACCGGCUGGGCAACCCGCCAGACUCGCCGAACAAUGCACGCGUAGCCGGGGGACUCGACGACGACGCCGUAUCCCGCGACAGCGACUCUCCGCCGCUCACGGUGAAUUCCGAGCUCGAGGACGACCUCAUCACGCCGGGUGUUCCCCGCGGCGCCGUGCCGACACAGGGAAGACGGAGGAGUGAGCGUGCGUCGGGCUUUGAUCUCGCCGGGCUGCACGACGGCGAGGCGGACGCGGACCACCGCGCACCCCGCGCGCCCGUCGAGAGCGCAGCGUACCUCCGCGGCGAGAGCGACUACUCGUUCCCGCGCCACCGCCUGCGGCGGACAAUGAAAGACGAGGGCAAGAUCCCGCUCGUCAUUGUCGCGUGCGGCUCGUUCUCGCCCCCGACGUACCUGCACUUGCGCAUGUUCGAGAUGGCCAAGGACGAAAUUGUCGAGAGCCAGACGUACGAGAUCAUGGCGGGGUACUACUCACCCGUGUCUUCCUACUACAAGAAGAGCGGGCUCGCGCCGGCGCUGGACCGCGUGCGCAUGUGCGAGCUCGCGGUCGAGCACACGAGCACCUGGCUCAUGGUCGACCCCUGGGAGGCAGGACAGGGGGAGUACCAGCGCACAGCGGUGGUGCUGGACCACUUUGACGAGAUGCUGAACGGGCCCAAUGGCGAGGGCGGCGUCGAAAUGGCCGACGGCACGCGGCGGAAAUACAAGAUCAUGCUCCUCGCCGGCGGCGACCUGAUCGAGUCCUUUGGCGAGCCGGGCGUCUGGGCCGAGCCCGACCUCCACCACAUUCUCGGCGGGUACGGCUGCCUCAUUGUCGAGCGCACGGGGAGCGACGUGUGGAGCUUCCUCCUCUCGCACGACAUCCUCUAUCACCAUCGCCGCAACGUCAUUGUUGUGAAACAGCUCAUCUACAAUGACAUUAGUAGUUCCAAGGUCAGGCUGUUUGUGCGCCGCGGCAUGAGCAUUAAAUACUUGCUGCCGAAUAGCGUGAUUCAGUAUAUCCACGACAAGAAACUGUAUCGCGAGAGCGACGCGAGGGCGACGUUGAUCAACAAGUAG